CAUAUAUUCCUUCUUUGACUAGCAUGUAAUCACUAUUCAACCUUCAAUGGCUCCCCGUUUCAUACCCAAGCCAGGCACCGCUCCCAACGUCCCUCGCGACGCUAAAGAGACCUAUAAUACUCUUAAACGUGGAGGAGUCGUCAUCAUCCCGACCGAUGUCGGCUACGCACUCUUGGCCAGCACACAGGCGGGAAUCCAACGGAUUUUCUCAGCCAAAGACCGUCGGGAGGGCCACAACAUAGGCAUCAUCGGGACAUACAAACAACAUCGAGAGAUUCACGUGCUCUCCGAGGCCAAGUUUGAGAUGACACGGGUCCUGACAGAAGAUAUGGCGAUGAUUGUUGGGAUCAUUGCCAAAUACGAUACCGAAAAGCUUCACCCGCGUUUGGCAACUCUCGAUCCCGCUACGCUAUCCCAGGUUACCAAGGGUGAUACGGUCAGUAUCGCAGUUCCUGAAGGUCCAUUUCUGCAGGAACUCGGUCGCCUUUGCGAUGAGGACCCCGAGGGCAUGUUAACAUUCGGAACUUCGGCCAAUCUGACCGGCCAGGGGCAACGAUUUCGGAUCGAAGAUAUUGAGCCGAGGGUGAUUGACGCGGUAGACUUGGUGGUGGAUUACGGUCUACAGAAAUGGCAUGUGUACAGGCGCGGUGGCGUGAAUUUCGAUGCAGAGAACAUGAAGGUGCUGCGGAAGGGAGCCGGAUACGAGGUCUUUCGCGACCGAAUGGUAAGAUGGUUUCCUCAUUUACUGGAGGAGGCCGGUGUAAGCAUUGAGGAGGAUCCGGAUUACAAGACUAGCGAGUCUGGAAUUUGUGCGAAAUAAAUCAAAGUCUUCUGCAAAUU